AGGGCCAGUGCCAUUCACACUUCUCUCUGUCCUGCAGCAGACGGACGCAGUUCCUCCAAUCCCUCUACUCCCUCUUCGCUCUAAAACCCUUCUCUGAGGGAGGAAGAGCUAUAGCUUUGGGGAUAAUAUAGCUUUAAGGGAACUUUUGGCUGAUGCGGACGUCCUAACAUCUGGGCAGUGUUAACAGAAUCCCGGAGGCCCAGACGGACCAGGAGCCGCUCGUUCUAGGAAUGUUAAAGUAGAAGGGAUAUUUUUUUUUUCCGGCUGAUGAGAGGAGCAGAGGAAGGAGAAAAAGGAAGAGAGAGAAAACGAACCACAAAAACAUAAAAGAGGGACUGGCCAGAAUCUGCCAUCAUUUUAUUCCUCCGUUUCUGGGACCACCUCCUGCUCCGAGUGAGGUAUCUCAUUGAUCGCAGAUCCCAUAAUUGUGUUCCCUUUCACUUUUGGAAGGUUACUGAUGGCUAACUUCUGAAAAUUACUUUCCUUUACCCUGGUACUACCGGCCACAUACCUCUUCUUCUCUCCCUAACUCUACCUUUCAAGGAUGACUGGUCAAUUAACUCGAAGAGGAGCUUUCUCUCUGCUGCUCUUCCUCACUCCAGCAGUGACACCAACGUGGUAUGCAGGUUCAGGCUAUUAUCCAGAUGAAAGCUACAAUGAAGUAUACACUGAAGAGGUCCCAUGGGCCCGUGCCCUAGACUACCGAGUCCCUCGAUGGUGUUAUACAUUAAAUAUUCAGGAUGGAGAAGCGACGUGCUACUCACCACGGGGAGGAAAUUAUCACAGCAGCCUGGGCACGCGUUGUGAGCUCUCCUGUGACCGGGGCUUUCGACUGAUAGGACAGAGGUCGGUGCAAUGCUUGCCAAGUCGCCGUUGGUCUGGAACUGCCUACUGCAGGCAAAUAAGAUGCCACACAUUGCCAUUCAUCACUAGUGGCACCUACACCUGCACAAAUGGGGUGCUUCUUGACUCCCGCUGUGACUACAGCUGUUCCAGUGGCUACCACCUGGAAGGUGACCGCAGCCGAAUCUGCAUGGAAGAUGGGCGCUGGAGUGGAGGCCAGCCUGUAUGUGUAGACAUAGAUCCCCCCAAGAUUCGCUGUCCCCAUUCACGUGAGAAGAUGGCAGAGCCGGAGAAACUGACUGCUCGAGUAUACUGGGACCCACCUUUGGUGAAAGAUUCUGCUGAUGGUACCAUCACCAGGGUAACACUUCGGGGCCCUGAACCUGGCUCUCACUUUCCUGAAGGAGAGCAUGUGAUUCGUUACACUGCCUAUGACCAAGCCUACAACCGGGCCAGCUGCAAGUUCAUUGUGAAAGUACAAGUGAGACGAUGCCCAAUUCUGAAACCACCACAGCAUGGCUACCUCAGCUGCACCUCCGCAGGGGACAACUAUGGUGCCACCUGUGAAUACCACUGUGAUGGUGGUUAUGAGCGCCAGGGCACUCCAUCCCGAGUCUGCCAGUCCAGUCGCCAGUGGUCAGGAUCACCGCCUAUCUGUACUCCCAUGAAAAUUAAUGUCAACGUCAACUCAGCUGCUGGCCUGCUGGAUCAGUUCUAUGAGAAACGGCGACUCCUCAUCAUCUCAGCUCCUGACCCCUCCAAUCGAUAUUAUAAAAUGCAAAUCGCCAUGCUUCAGCAAUCCACCUGUGGACUGGACUUGAGGCACGUGACCAUCAUCGAGCUGGUGGGGCAGCCACCUCAGGAGGUGGGGCGCAUCCGGGAGCAACAGCUGUCAGCCAACAUCAUCGAGGAGCUCAGGCAAUUUCAGCACCUCACUCGUUCCUACUUCAACAUGGUGUUGAUUGACAAGCAGGGUAUGGACAGGGAACGCUACAUGGAACCUGUCACCCCUGAGGAAAUCUUCACAUUCAUUGAUGACUACCUGCUGAGCAACCAGGAGCUGACCCAGCGCCGGGAGCAAAGGGAUGUGUGCGAGUGAACUUGAGCCAGGGCAUGGUGGAGCUGAAGGGACAAGCUUCCCUGGUUAACUAAGAUGGGGGCCUAAUGAAAUGAGGACAUGGUUGUUUCUCACAGUUCUAGGGAUAGGACUCUGAGGUGGCUGAGGUUCAUCGAUCCUGCAACAUUUCCAGGCACCCUUUUCAGGGUUGUGUAAUAGUUUCCCUAAGUAAGUCUCUGCUUCAGGUAGCAAUAGAGGAGCAUAAGAAGCUAGGUAGGGACUAAGGACAGGCCCUGAGAAGUGGAUUGAAGUAGAAGAUGUUUCUUUUUUAACCUGGGUCUCUUCCCAGCUCUCCAAAGUCUUUGACAUAGUAAAUCCUAAAUUCAUUCACUGUUUUAAAUGGGUCUUCUACUCGAAGGUGACAGCAGAGGGCAGCACCAUCUCAACAGACAAGGAAGACACUUUAGGCAAGUGUAGCUGGAUUUUCCUCACAGCAACAGAAUAACUACAUCAUGGCUUGGGGAGCAGGCAGCUACAAAACAUUCUUGAACUUGCUUGUCAUUUCCUUUUCUAGGGCAUUGGGCUAAAAAUGUUCUAUGAACCAUUGACUCGGGAUGCUCUCUGCUGGCCCCUCCAGCUGCUCAUGGACAAGAACCUCUUCUUACUGAGAUUUCUAAUUCCCACAGCAAAAGGCUGACGAUGCUAUCCCUUCCUCAGAGGAGCCCCCACCUUCUGUGAUAUAGGAAAUCUCAAAAGCACUACUGCAGGUAGUAGGGAAAGUAAGAGAAAACACAGACUCAGCCUUGUGUACUGACUUCAUAAGAUAUCCACUUAAUAUUUUUAUUUAUUUAAGAAGAGCUGGAGGGAGAGAGGGAAAGAGAAAGAGAGAAAGAAUAAGAGCUCUCUUCCACUAGUUCACACCCCAAAUGCCUGCAGCAGCUGAGGAUGGGCCAGGCCAAAGUAGGUGCUGGGAACUCAAUCCAGGUCUCCCAUGUGGGUGGUUGAACACAGGCACUCCUAUAUGGGACACAGGUGUCUUAACAGCUAAGCUAAACACCCACCCCAGAUAACCACUUUUAAGAGAUGAGCACAGAACAGGUGAGAGUUGCAGCAGCACAAAGUCAAACCCUGUGAACCAGGAAUGAAAAGGAAUUUGAGGUAGGGCCUUGUCAAAACACACAUGCCUACCCUGACUUGCAGUCCCACCCCUUGCCACUGAGCAGUGUAGUUUAUAUACUCAUGGGACCCAGAGUCAUAGAUAAGACUCAGAAGCCUUUCUCCUUUAGCUUUAUGCAGGGAGUCAUCAGUAGAAAACUAGAGGGGGGAUCUCACAUUGUGGCACAGCGGGUUAAGCCACCUCCUGCAACACUGGCAUCCCAUAUUGGAGUACUGCUUUGAAUCCUAGCUCCUCUACUUCCAAUCCAGCUCCCUGAUAUUGUAGCUGGGAAAGCAGCAGAAGAUGGCCCAAGUUAUUGGGACCCUUCACCCACAUCACAGACUUGGAUGAAACUCCUGGCUCCUGGAUCUGGCCUUGGGCCAGCUCUGGCAGUUACAGCCACUUAGGGAGAGGACCAGCAGAUAGAAGCUCACUUUCACUCUCUUCCCUUUUCUCUCUCUCUCACUCUGCCUGUCAUAUAAAUAAAUAAAUCUUAAAAAAAAAGAAAACUAAAGGUAAGAAGCAGGCAGGUUGUUUAGGUACGCAGAGAUAAGAAUGCUGGAGCACUCACUGUGUACCAGGUAUCAUUCUUCAUACUGCAUUGAUUAAAGUCUGUUAUUAGCCCUUUACAGAGGAGGGAACUGAAGCUCAGAAAAGUUAGGCAGUUUGCCCAAGAUUGGACUGCUAGUAAGUGGCAGGGCCAGGAUUUCAACACUGGCAGCCUGGCUCCAGAGCAGUGUUCUCAGCCAUGAUGCCAUCCUGCCUCUAUUUCUUUUCCUACUUUCCAUUUAAAGACAGAUAAAAGGAGAAAGAGUCCAUCUUCCCUAAUCCUACUCAGAUGUAAGGCUUAGAGUGGGCCCCAGAGGAAUGGGGGAAAUGCAAGGCUCUCAACCCAAAGAAAUUGGCUCUUGAAAACAGAGUGGUUAGGCUGUCACCUGCGAUACUGGCAUCCCACAUGGAUACCAGUUCAAUUCGUGGCUGCUCUGUUUCUGAUCCAGCUCCCUGCCAACAUGCCUGGGAAAGCAGUGAAAGAUGGCCCAACUUCUUGGGCCCCUGAACCCACAUGGGAGACCCAAAUGAAACUCCUGGCUUCGGCCUCAUCUGGCCCUGGCUACUGUAGCCAGUUGGGGAGUGAGCCAGAAGAUGGAAGAUCUCUAUCAAUCCCUUUAGCUUUGUAACUCUGCCUUUCAAAUAAAUAAAUAAAUCUUUUUUAAAAAGGAGCAGAAACAAAAUAAAAAACAAUAAAAGCAAAGUGGUGGGACAUAAAUCACGAGCCUAGAACAUACGGGUUCAGCCAUGAGUCAGAGAAUAGCCAUUUCCUCUGGGGUUUUAGUGAGAGUCUCAUUUUUACAAUGCAAAAUAAAAAGGCAGUUGCUGAGUGGAAUGUAACGAGGAAAUACAGGAGCUAUGAGAGGCAGGAAGCAAGUUAGAGGCAGAAGGCAAAAAGAAAUGAGUUCCUGUGGGAAAUCUAUGGUCAGACAAGGUCUGUGGUCCCAAAGGCAAUGACUGCACAUUGCACUGGGCAAGAUGAAUGUCCUUCCUUGUCCUUAUCAUUUAACACUUCCAGUGACAAGCCAGGACAUGCUAAGCAGGUCAAAGGACCGAACAGUAACUCAGAGGAGGCCCACUACCUCCUGAACAGAGUUCCCACCUGGGCCCGACUCUUGCCUAUCCAAAGACAUUUCAAAAGAUUUGUGGGAAAUGAGAAUACAAGAUCAUUUUGUUGCAAAAAAACAACUUUAAAAUCUAGGAAAGUUUUUUUCUAAUACACUUUUCAUGAAGGUUUUGGAGACUGCUUGUAUGCUGGGAUUUCAAAUUUUUUGCACCAGAAUAAACUCAUUUUUAAAUUCCA